GACAUGCAAUCACCUCCGAGGUUAGUAACCCCAGAAGGAGGAACAACAUCCCUGAAACAAACGCUUAGAUAUACAAAAACCUGUCUAGGUUGCGUAUACUACGCUACUAUUCGACCAGAAUUCGACCAGCUCGCAGAAUGGAGGUUGAUCAUGCUGUUUUACUGUGGAGACGAAGCAGAUGUAGAAGGCGGAUGGUGCGCAUCCAGAUGGUCGAUUCAUUACAUGGCACGUCCUUAUGAACAGAAGAAAUCCCAAGAGUAUCUGGGCUACGAUAAUAUCUUUGGGUAA